AUGAACGUUGAAGAAACUAGAUUAAGAACUUUUACGGAUUGGCCAGUAAAUGCCGCUGUCGAUGCUGCUCGAAUAGCAAAAGCCGGAUUUUACUAUACUGGACAUGCCUUAGAAGUACAAUGUUUUUUAUGUGGAGUAAAAAUUUCUGAUUGGAAUUAUGGUGACCAAGCUAUAGCCCGUCAUCGAUUAGCUGAACCUACUUGCCCUUUUGUUCAAAAUCCUUCUAGUACUUGCAAUGUCCAUUUAAUACCAAUUAACAAUUUUGGAUUAGCAUCAUCAUCAUCGACAGAAACAUCACAAGAUAAUAACAUAGUUGAAUGCCAAUCUACAAACCCUUGCCAAAAUAAAGAACCUCAAAAGGAAUAUAGAACUGUGUCACAAAGGUUACAAUCCUUUAUUAAUUGGCCAAUUUCUUCUAUUGUAUCACCUGAAAAACUUGCCAAAGCUGGAUUUUACUAUCUUCAACAGGAUGAUGAGGUACAAUGUACAUAUUGUGGAGGUGUUCUAAAAAAAUGGGAACUUGGUGAUGAUCCUGAGAAAAAGCACAAAGAUACAUUUCCUGAUUGUGAUUUCUACCUUCAUCAAGAUGGUAUUAACAAGCAAAAAAAUAGUUUAUAUUUAACUAAUGUAAAAUUAAUGCCUGGUGCAACAUCAAAUCUCUCCGACUUAGGAAUACAAAUACACACAACUCCUAAAAAACCACAAUGUGCAACAUAUGAAGGAAGAUUAAGUACUUUUCGUGGAUGGCCAGCAAAUAUUAGACAAACUCCUGAAAUAUUAGCU